GAUGAUUGUCAAAGUCUUGAGGUCCGAGUUAAGACCAGCAACUGGCAUUCAGGGACCAUGCCCUCGGGAAAGACGGUCAAGCUCAUCCUGUAUGAGGCGCUGCAGUUUACAGCUUUUAUCGUGCCAGUCUUUGUGAUAUUUGAGAGGUUUGCCAGGCUCAUACAUAAUGUGAAAGGACAGGAUCUAACCACCUACUGGCUGGUGGUGGCGGUCUCUACCGCCUAUGUGACCUCUGCGAGCCUGCUGGUGUGGGUUCCCCUGAAAUAUAUGAUCCUGAAGCGGCGGUUCCUCACAGAGAUCACACAGUGGAGACCAACAGUGCUGGUGUACCUCAUGCUGUGCACAUUUCCAUGCUUUGCUAUUUUAAUCACCAGCUCCAAGGUGCAGGUGGAUGGAGGACACUGCUACGACCACUUCGCUGAGUUGCCUGUGUCCUUGGUGCUUUUCUCUCUCAUCUGUGUGGAUAUCAUAGAGCAGAUUCGACCAUGCAGGCUCACUGGACAGUCGGACCGCCUGGAUCCUGACUUUGACCUGCAAUCCCCCGUCCUCACUCACCUGGAACAUUUGACCUCAGUAUCAGGCCAGAUGCACCACGCUGAAGGCCUGAACAGUUUGACCCAAGGUCAUCCAGAGGCCCGAAAUGGCAGCACCUCAGGCAGAUGGCAGGAUAUUGCUGGCUCCGCCAUCCACUCAGCUCCCAGCUCACGAGCACCCAGCGCUGCCUAUCUGUAUUCCUUGUCCGCACACCCUCAGUCCCACUCUGGUCCUCUGGGUUUCCUGUGGAGAAGGGAUGGAAGGUCACAGGUGUUUAUGGAUACUUUCCUGUUCUGGUUAGACACUGUGGAGAUGGUGAGAGUGGCAGGAGAGCCAUCGGUCUACUACUCAGGCUGGGUUUUCCCUGUCUACAUUCUUGCCUUCCUGUCCACUCUCCGCAUUGCCAUCACUCCUCACAACCCCUUGUUGUCCUCUGCUGGAGUUGCUCUGCAGGACCUUCCUUUCUUUAUCAUUCGAGUAGCUUUGAUUAUUGUGUUUGGUUAUGUGACACCUCUAUUGUACCCAUUGAAAAAUGUGCUGGUGAGCCUGACUUAUAUCUACUUUACAUUCCUGACAAAGCUGAGGAUAUUCAGAAGUCAUAGCAUGUUUUGAGGAGGAGUGACACAUUCUGUUGUUGAUGAAAGAUCUGCUUAGAUGGAGCAUGGUUGAGCAGUUGCUAUGUCCAUGUGUAAGGAGCAGCACUAAGGAAACAUGGUGCUGAUAAUGAAGAGCAGCAUCUUAUGGAUAAUAAUGGCUGCAAAUGUGUUGGAG